UGAAAAUAGCAAAAUAGAAGCAGAAGGUCACAGGGAAGCAUUAUUUCAGUCUUCUUUAUCCCCCCCCCCGACAAAAGUGAUGGAGACAUUGCAGCAAAGCAACCCUGAAAGUGCCUUGGAUGAGAAUAUUGUGGACUCAAUUCACAAAUAUGUUUUGAAUGAUUUACCAAGGGAGUUUAUGUCAGCCCAGGCAAAAGCAGUUAUUAAAACUACUGAUGAUUAUUUGCAGCCGCAGUUUGGCCCCAACAGCCGUUUGCAUUCAGUAGUAGUAUCAGAAGGGUCAGGACUUCAAGAUUGUUCCACACAUCAAACAGCAUCAGAUCACAGCCAUGAUGAAAUACCAAACCUAGAUAGCUACAAAUCAAACAGUAAAAACAAUUCUUGGUUUAUAUCAGCAUCCAAGAGAUACAGACCUGUCAGUGCCCCUGUGGAUCAACUGAGGCAUACAGAGUUCUCUUCUUUAAAAUUUCAGUUGUCCCAGAAAUGGCAUAGAUUGUCUCAAAGACAAAAAGUUCAACCACGAGUGAUUAAAGUAACAGCUUAUAAAAAUGGAUCUAGAACAGUCUUUGCCAAAGUUACUGUACCAACCAUCACCUUGUUGCUGGAGGAGUGCACAGAAAAGCUGAAUCUGAACAUGGCCGCAAGACGAGUGUUCUUGGCAGAUGGCAAAGAAGCCUUCAAACCUAAAGAUAUACCCUAUGAAGCCGAUGUUUAUGUUUCAACAGGAGAGCCUUUUUUAGAUCCAUUCAAAAAAAUUAAAGACCAUCUGUUGUUAAUGAAGAAAGUAACUUGGACAAUGAAUGGGUUGAUGCUUCCUACUGAUGUCAAAAGACGGAAAACCAAGCCUGUUCUUUCCAUUAGAAUGAAGAAACUUACUGAGAAGACCUCAGUCCGAAUUCUGUUCUUUAAAAAUGGCAUGGGGCAGGAUGGGCAUGAGAUUACAGUAGGAAAGGAAACAAUGGAAAAGGUUUUAGACACUUGUACAAUGAGAAUGAAUCUAAAUUCACCAGCCCGAUACCUUUAUGAUUUGUUUGGAGGAAAAAUUGAAGAUAUUUCAAAAGAAAAUCACUGACUCUGAGGCAUGAUACUUCAUGGAUGCCAGAGGCAUUUGGAUUCAUGCCUCAUGCUUCACAUGUCCCAGAUGUGUGCUAUUAUCCCAUUUUAAUGCAUGCCUUGCCCUGUGUUUCUGCAUACUUAUAAAAGCUUAUGCCAGCUGAAGUUAGCCUAUGCAACUACUAACAUGUGGAAGCAUUACAAGUUCACUGGACUUAAAAUACUUAUAGACGCUAAUCCUGUUGGAGGAACUUCCAGUCUGUAACACCCUAGUCACUUAACAUUAGGUUUUUAAAUUUCUUUUUCUUUGUUUAUUAUUACAAUUUUGUAUAUCAAAUAAUUGAGAUCCCUAAAUUUUUAUGUUCAGUGAUCUUUCUUCUGAAUCUCAACUUGGGAAAGGUAAAGUGUUAUGUGAAGAUUAUCUUUUAAUUUAAAUAAAUAUUAAUAUUCUUUGGAUU